CUGAGCCGCUGCUGCUCCCCAGCGGGGUGUGUGCGGGGAGAGCCCUUCCCCAGCGCCCCUCUGUGCCCAGCCGGGGGGGCUCUCGCCGGGGGCUGGAACCACCCCUGGGGCAGCCCCGGGCUCUGCCGACACCAGCCCCUGAGCCGGAGCCUGCAGCAGCCAGUGACUUUCAAGGAGGUGCCUGUGUAUUUUCUGGGGCAGUGGGCUCUGCUGGAACCCAGUCAGAGAGCCUUCUACAGGGACAUCAUGCAAGAGAAUUCUGAGACUGUGACCUUGCUGGAGGUCCUCAUUCCCCCCAGCAAAGGGACUGACUCCUGUCUGGAUUCUCUCUGUGUCCCAGCAAGUGAUGGGGCAGUGAGCAAAAAUGAGGACGAGAAUCUGCAGCAGGAAGGUGCUGAGCGAGUGGAACCGCCCAGGAUGUUAUUGCAACAUCCUGAAGGGAACGUUUCCCAAAGCCCGGAGCAGGGGGCUGACAAGUGGAAUCUGCGCCGGUCCCUUAGGCAGAAAGGAAAACAGCCUGUGGAGAGAGAGCUCAGAGAAACCAUCCACCAGGAAAUCCCCACUGGAGAGACAUCAAACACAUGUGGUGAGUGUGGGAAGAACUUCCGGUGGAGAUCAGCCCUUAUUGAUCACCAGAGAAUCCACACAGGAGAGAGGCCCUAUCAGUGUGAUGAAUGUGGGAGAAGCUUCAGCAGGAGUUCGAACCUUGCUACUCAUCAGAGAUUGCACACGGGAGAGCGACCCUACAAAUGCUCUGACUGUGGGAAAGGCUUUAAUCACAGCUCCAAUCUUUCUGCACAUCAAAGAACCCACACAGGAGACCUGCCUUACAAGUGUCCCGAGUGUGGGAAAAGCUACAGUGUGAGCUCCUACCUCCUGAGACAUCAGAAAAUCCACACAGGAGAGAGACCCUAUAAGUGUGAUGAGUGUGAAAAGAGUUUCGGCCAGAGCUCAACCCUUGUUAUCCACAAGAGAGUGCACACAGCAGAGAAGCCCUAUAAAUGCCUUGAGUGUUGGAAAUGUUUCAGGAACAACUCUGAUCUUAUUAGACACCAGAGAACCCACACAGGAGAAAGACCUUAUAAAUGCAGCAAGUGUGGGAAAAGUUUCAAUGAGAGCUCGCACCUCACCAGGCAUCAGAAAACCCACACAGGGGAGAAAUCCUAUAAAUGCCUCGAGUGCAAUAAAUGUUUCAAGAACAGCUCCAGGCUCAUUAGACACCAGAGAACCCACAUAGGGGAGAAAUCCUAUAAAUGUCUUGACUGCGAGAAAAGCUUCAAUCGGAGCUCAAACCUCAUUGUCCAUCAGAGAUCCCACAUGGAGCAAAAGCCCUACAAGUGCCUGGACUGUGCUAAAACCUUCAGCUGCAGCUCACAGCUGAUCAGGCACCAGAGGAUCCACACAGGAGAGAAACCCUAUAAAUGCCCCGACUGCAGGAAAAGCUUCACCGUGAGCUCACAACUGACUUCCCACCAGAGACUCCACACCGGAGAGAAGCCCUAUGGAUGCCCCGAGUGCGGGAAAAGCUUCCGUCACAGCUCAGGACUUGUGUCACAUCAACGGAAACACAAGAAGGAGGGCUGCCCUGUGACUGUCCCUAUUGUGGUGACAGCCCAGACUUUAUUGCAUAUUACAGUGGUGCCCAUGCAAAGCAGCAGUGCUUAGAUCCCACGCAGGAGAAAGACACUAUACAUCUGUAGAAUGGGUUGAAACUUUCUCAUGAAAACUAUUUUUGAUGGAAAAUUGUGGGGGUUGAUUUGACCUAUUUUUGUGAAAAGUGUCAAGUGUCUGCUUUCUAGGGGGAAAAAAAUUGGUGGGUGUUUUGUUUUUUGAUUUUUUUGGGGGGGGAGGCAAGGGGACAAAAAUACUGAAUGCCCUGACCUUGAAAUAUUGCUUUGGAAAUGUUGCUAAAUUGCCUCAUGGGAGUCAGUGGUGUAGCCAGGUUUUAAGUGUAGGGGGAACAAACAUAAAAAAGGCACCCUCCCUUGGCUCCUCCUCUGGCCUUGCCCCCCUUGGCUCCUCCUCUGGCCAUGCCCUCGACCGGACCCCCCCGCCCCGCUCACCUUCCCUCCUGUGCCACCGCUUGUCCCCGACCUGCUCCCAGCACUCGGCACGCUCCACGCGGGGCUCGCCAGCCAGGCGGCCUUAAAGGCACAGGGGCCCUUUUGCCUCCCCCCGCCCGCCGCAUUAGCAAAGGGCAGGUAGAGGGGGCCGGGGAGCACUUGGCUGCCGAGCCCUGAGCUGAGGAGCCGGCCCCCUCGCUCCUCCGGCCACGUCUGCCGCCCCCGCAUGGCUCUUCCGGCCAUGCUGCUGUCAGAGCCGGCUGGCAGGCACCGCUUCCUCUCCUGCCGCCCCAUGGCUCCUCCGGCCGUGCUGCUGGCAGCGCCAGCCAGCAGGCACCACUUCCGCGUUGGCCUGCUGCUGCCGCCCCAUGGUUCCUCCAGCCAUGCUGCUGGCAGCGCCAGCCAGCAGGUGCCACUUCCGCGCCUGCCGCCCUGAGGGGAAGCAGCUGCUUCCGCUGAACCCCACUAGCUACACUACUGAUGGGAGUUAUAGUUCAGUUGCCUCGUCAUAUCCCCAUUCUCCCCUAAUGGCCAGGCUCUCAGCUGGAUUACAUCUCCCAUGAUGCACUACCUCCCUUUUCUAAGAGUAUGUCUGCACUGCAGCUGGGAGCAUGCUUCCCAACUUGGGCAGAAAGCUCUGCUCAAGUUAGUGUGGUGAAAAUUGCAGAGUGAGCUAGGGUGGCAGCUUGAGCCAGCCACCUGAGUACAGAUCCACCCAGACUACCCUGGCUGUGCUGCUAUUUUAGUGCACUAGCUUGAGCAGAGCUAGCAGGUGUCUGUCUACCCGCUCUGGGAUGCACCCUUCCAACUGCUGGUUAGAUGUACCCCAAGAGGGAAAAGUGUGGUACAUCAUGGAACAUAUAUGUGAACCUGGCCUAUAGCGAACAAUUCAGGCAUGAGAUAUCCAUGAUAUAACUCGCAGGAGGCACUGUGAUGACAUUUCCCAUUCAAAAUAUUUCUGGUUUUGGCCAAAUUUUUCUGUUGGGUGUAGAAGCAUUUUUCACAAGCUAAAGAUGAGUCGAAUAUGAGUCAACAGUGUAACACUGUUGCAAAAAAAGCAAACAUCAUUCUGGGAUGUAUUAGCAGGAGUGUUGUAAGCAAGACACAAGAAAUAAUUCUUCCACUCUACUCCACACUCAUUAGGCCUUAGCUGGAGUAUUGUGUCCAGUUGUGGGUGCCACAUUUCAGAAAAGAUGUGGACAAAUUGGAGAGAGUCCAGAAAGGAGCAACAAAAAUGAUUAAAGGUCUAGAAAACAUGACCUAUGAGCGAAGAUUGAAAAAACUGACCUUGUUUAAUCUGGAAAAAAGAAGACUGAGAGGAGACAUGAUAAUAGUUUUCAAAUGCAUAAAAGGAGGGGGGAGAAAAAUUGUUCUCCUUAACCUCUGAGGAUAGGACAAGAAGCAAUGGGCUUAAAUUGCAGCAAGGGCAGUUUAGGCUGGACAUUAGGAAAAACAUCCUAACUGUCAGGGUGGUUAAGCACUGAAAUAAAUUACCUAGGGAGGAUGUGGAAUCUCCAUUAUUGGAGAUUUUUAAGAGUAGGUUAGACAAACACCUGUCAGGGAUGGUCUAGAUCAGGGAUCGGCCACUGUUCAGAAGUGGUGUGCCAAGUCUUCAUUUAUUCACUCUAAUUUAAGGUUUCGUGUGCCGGUAAUACAUUUUAAUGGUUUUAGAAGGUCUAUAAGUCUAUAAUAUAGAACUAAACUAUUGUUGUGUGUAA